AUGCCUGUACGUCCUAUCGCUGCCAGGUUCUCCUGCAGAUCCCUCUCCACACAGUCUCUCAAAGACGCUAUCAAGGAGACCAUUCCUGCCAAGCAAGAGCAGCUCAAGCGGAUUAAAGCCCAACAUGCUGGGACGACCAUUGGAGAGGUCAAGGUCGAGAACGUAAUUGGUGGUAUGAGAGGUCUGAAGGCUAUGCUUUGGGAUUCAUCUGUGCUGGAUCCCGAAGAGGGAAUUCGUUUCCAUGGCCUGUCCAUUCCCGAUUGUCAGAAGCAACUUCCGGCUGCUCCAGGAGGCAAAGAAAUGAUCGCUGAAAGCAUGCUCUGGCUUCUGCUCACUGGAAAGGUUCCGUCUGAAGCCCAGACGCGUGCUCUUUCUCGUGAUUUCGUCGAGCGCGGAACGCUACCCGCUCAUGUGGAGAAACUAAUUGAUUCCUUACCGGCAACGCUGCACCCAAUGACACAGCUGGGAAUGGGUGUCGCCGCAUUAAAUCAUGACAGUUUGUUCCAAGCAGCUUACGAGAAGGGAAUUAAAAAGUCUGAGUAUUGGGAGGCAACGCUGGAGGAUUGUCUCAACCUCAUCUCCCGUCUUCCUGCCCUAGCCGCUCGAAUCUACCGCAAUGUCUACAAUCCGGGCAAACCUAUGGAAAGCCUUGAUAAAGAUUUGGAUCUUGUCGGAAAUUAUGUCCGUCUGCUGGGAUUCGGGGAUAACCACAGUCUAACUGAAUACUUGCGGUUGUAUAUCGCUCUCCAUGGUGAUCACGAGGGAGGAAACGCGUCUGCGCACACUGCUCACUUGGUAGGGUCUACCUUGUCGGACCCGUACUUGUCUUAUUCGGCGGCGCUCUUCGCCCUGGCCGGCCCCCUCCACGGCUUGGCGAAUCAGGAGGUUCUUCGAUGGCAAAUGGCUAUGCAAAAAGAGAUCGGCAGCGAUGUCACCCAUGACAGGAUCAAAGAAUAUUUGUGGAAGACACUCAAGAGCGGUCAAGUGGUACCCGGAUACGGUCACGGUGUCUUGCGGAAUCCGGACCCUCGCUUCAUAGCUCUCCAAGAGUUCUGUGAUUCCAAGCCUGAACUACAGGACAGUCCAAUUAUCCAGCUCGUGAAGAAGACCUAUGAGGUUGCUCCCGGCGUACUAAAGGAGCACGGCAAGACCAAAAAUCCUUACCCCAAUGUUGAUGCGACGUCUGGAUGUGUUUUGUACCAUUACGGCCUCACCCAAUUCAAGUACUACACUGUGAUCUUCGGUGUUUCCCGAGCUCUCGGUUGCAUAACACAACUUGUUUGGGCUAGAGCACUUGGUUUGCCUCUGGAAAGACCCAAAUCCCUCUCUCUGGAUGCCAUCGAGAAGUUAGCGAAAUCUGCUUGA